AUGGAAACGAUCUUGAAGCAGUUGUAUGAAGAUUUAAGAGGGACUGUGCUCAAGUGUUCUGCUCUUGGAAACUUUCAGCAGCCAUUGAGGGCUUUGAUGUACUUGAUAAGUUUUCCAGUUGGUGCUAAAGCUUUGGUGAAUCAUCAAUGUGCUCUUCCUGAUCAAAGUUUUUACAAGAGUCAGCCUGAUGUUGGCGAGCAGUGUUUUAUGGACUCAUCAACAAGACGCCCUGCUGACCUUUUAUCUUCAUUUGCAACAAUCAAAUCUGUCAUGAACAAUUUAUACGAUGGAUUGGCAGAAAUUCUUAGGUCUCUUUUAAAGAACACAAACACACGAGAGAAUGUGCUCCAAUAUAUUGCAGAAGUGAUCAACAAAAAUGCAUCAAGGGCUCAUAUCCAGGUUGAUCCUAUGUCUUCUGCAAGUUCAGGCAUGUUUGUGAACCUUAGUGCUGUUAUGCUUCGAUUGUGUGAACCUUUCUUGGAUGCAAAUUCAACAAAGAAAGACAAAAUUGACCCUAAAUAUGUCUUUUAUGGUUCUCGUUUGGAUUUCAAAGAACUAACUGCUCUUCAUGCAUCUUCGGAGGAAGUUACUGAAUGGUUAAACAAAAACAAGCCAAACAAUGAAGAAAACAGGUUGCUUCAAUCUCAAGAAACAACAAGUUCUGGUCAACCAAGUGAAAGCUAUUCAUUUAUUUGUGAAUGUUUCUUUAUGACUGCUCGGGUUCUAAAUUUGGGUCUUCUGAAAGCUUUUUUAGACUUCAAGCAUCUUGUCCAGGAUAUUCAAAGAAGUGAAGAUACUCAGAUACUGAGGGAUGCAGGACUACUUCAACAGGCAUUAUCUUUCUAUCAGUUAAUGGUGGUUUGGUUAGUGAGUAGAAUUGGUGGUUUCAAAAUGCCUUUACCACAACCUUGCCCCAUGGAAUUUGCAUGUAUGCCUGAACACUUUGUGGAAGAUGUUAUGGAGUUGCUUAUUUUUGCUUCUAGAAUCCCUAGAGCUUUAGAUGGUGUCAAAUUGGAUGAUUUUAUGAACUUUAUUAUCAUGUUUAUGGCAAGUCCAGAGUACAUUAGGAACCCUUACCUAAGAGCCAAAAUGGUUGAAGUCUUGAAUUGUUGGAUGCCUCGUAGGAGUGGCUCAUCUUCUGCUACCAGUACACUUUUUGAGGGGCACCAACUCUCUGUUCAGUAUCUUGUGAAGAAUCUUUUGAAACUCUAUGUGGAUAUCGAGUUCACAGGAUCCCACACUCAGUUUUAUGACAAGUUUAACAUCCGCCAUAACAUUGCUGAACUUCUAGAAUACCUUUGGCAAGUCCCUAUUGCGAAAGAAGAGGAAAAGGGUGUUUACUUGAACUUUUUAAUCAACGAUAGCAUCUUUCUUCUUGAUGAAAGUCUGAACAAGAUUCUUGAGCUUAAAGAGCUUGAAGCUGAAAUGGCUAACACAACUGAAUGGGAACAAAGAUCAGCACAAGAAAGACAGGAGAGAACUAGACUUUUCCACUCUCAAGAAAAUAUUAUUAAGAUUGACAUGAAGUUAGCCAUGGAAGACGUGAGCAUGCUUGCUUUCACCACUGAGCAAAUCACAGCCCCUUUCCUCUUACCCGAAAUGGUUGAAAGAGUUGGCAGUAUGUUGAAUUAUUUCCUGUUACAGCUUGUGGGCCCUCAAAGAAAAUCAUUGAGUUUAAAAGAUCCUGAAAAAUACGAGUUUCGCCCAAAACAAUUGCUUAAACAGAUUGUCAACAUAUAUGUCAUUACAAAAGAUGGACGUUCCUACAACGACCAGUUAUUUACGGAAGCUGCAAAUGUUCUUAGAAGAAUCAGUGAAGAUCCAAGAAUGUUUGAUGAUUUGGGUAAAAAAGCUAGAUCUGCAGCAUCCGAAGCCAUGGAUGCUGAAGCUAUUUUGGGAGAUAUUCCAGAUGAAUUUCUUGAUCCAAUCCAGUACACUCUGAUGAAAGAUCCCGUCAUUUUACCAUCUUCAAGAAUCAUAGUAGACAGACCCGUGAUUCAGAGGCAUCUUCUCAGUGACCCUACGGAUCCGUUCAAUCGAUCACAUCUUACACCGGACAUGUUAAUUCCAGACACGGAGUUGAAACAGAAAAUAGAAGAAUUUGUGAGGUUACAACAAAGGAAGCAAGAAGAUAUGAGCAUGCAAAGCAGCUCUAAAUCUUCUAUUCAAUCACCAGAUGCUACAACAUCUCGUUGGUUGGUUGUUUGGUAUUACUCAAAACAGGAGGCUGAUGUUCUUCUGAGACACACAAAGCUUUGGAAAUUGAAGAUUCAUUCAUUCAUCAGCUUUGACCUCAGACUUAGACAAUGGAUCCUUUUGAUUCAAGAUGUAGCGUAG